AACCAUAUUGAUUUGAUCAGAUGUUCUGGUCAGGUGUUGAAAGAAGAGUUGACUCCUCAUGUCGUGUUAUCCUGUUAAAGAUUACUUCAUACCUAGAAUUAGACACUGAGAUGGCAUUAGGAGAAAUCAAAAAAUAAAUAUGCAUGUCAGCCCUCCACCAGCUUUGCCCAUGUUUACUGUUUGAAUACAGGACUCUCAUUCAUCCUCUUGGGCGGUGGAUCUUACCCACCAGAAUACACAAUCACAGCCCUUCUCCUGCAUGAAUGGGACUCAGUCAACUUGACCACCGCACUUGUUCCCAUUUCAAACCUGAUCCCAACGCAGCCACCAGUAAAUGUAACGACCAAGACACCCGCAUGUUGGGGGAAACUGAAAAUUUAACAGUUUAAUGAAGCAACGUUCCCCUCUGGCUCUGGAAAGUUUUCUUAACUAAUCUCAGAUCCUUCAGACUACAUUGUGGGGCCACGUGACGUAAUCGGUUACUUAGCUAUAGAUGGCUGUGACUCAGGAGGUAGAACGGUCAGCCACUAACCAGCAGGUUGGCGAUCCCUGGCUCUCGAGUUUAUGAUGGUUUAGAAUGAAACCACCAUGGCAUUUUAAAUUCCCCUGUUCCAAUUUUUGUCAUUGCAGCCCAUUUACUCACGCGCCCUCUCUCAUUCAGACUCUUUUUAAGAACAUGAUAAUGACAAGAAAGUCAAACUAUUGAGUGGCAAGAAAUAAUAUCAGCUUUAAUUCCUUAUUUAUGAAUGAAGCUGCAGCGGUACCUGUGUUGGAUCAGCCAACUGCAACUUAAAGACCCCCCCUCUCUAACUUUCUGAAUCUGCUCCUCCCGAUCGUCUGAAUCUGGGCUUUUGAUUGAUAUAGAUAAGCUAACACGUUGUUCUGGGUCAAAGAUUUCAAAUGGAAAAAAACAUUUAAACAUCAUUUCAGAUAUCAGUGAUGUAAAGGGGUUGUUUGAGGUAGCAGGGUGGACAAAGAGUGUAAAUUGUAGGACAUGACUGUUCGCUCUAUUCUCAUUUUGUGCUGCUGCCAGCAAUUGACUGUGAAGUAAUUAGUUUGAAUUGAUUUCCUGUAUCAUCUGCCCGUCUCUUUUUGCAUGUGUAGGUGAACCACAGGCAGCUUUUGGGAUUGUGUGCCUUUUGUUUAUUUAUAUUUUUUGAAAGGCUUUUUGGUAAUUUUCAAUUUGAACGUAACCUCUGCUUACUCUGCGUGCUUACCUUGCUUUGUGUCCUUUUUUCCCCGACCCACCUGGCCGACUUGCGGGAGGUGUAUGACAUGUCGAACGGUUAUGAAGACCACAUGGGAGGGGAUGAGGGGAAGGACUCCAAGACCAACCUGAUCGUGAACUACCUGCCUCAGAGCAUGACGCAGGACGAGCUGCGGAGCCUCUUCAGCAGCAUCGGGGAGGUGGAGUCCGCCAAGCUGAUUCGAGACAAAGUCGCAGGCCACAGUUUAGGGUACGGAUUUGUUAACUAUCUUAACCCUAGUGAUGCAGAAAGAGCUAUCAGUACACUGAAUGGACUAAGGCUACAGUCCAAAACUAUCAAGGUUUCAUUCGCUCGGCCCAGCUCUGAUACAAUAAAAGAUGCCAACUUGUAUAUCAGCGGUCUCCCAAAGGCCAUGACCCAGAAAGACGUGGAGGACAUGUUUUCAUGUUUUGGGCACAUCAUUAACUCCCGAGUACUUGUAGAUCAGGGUACAGGUGCAACAGGUGUGUCCCGCGGCGUAGCUUUUAUCCGGUUUGACAAGCGGGCGGAGGCAGAAGAAGCUGUCAAGAGCCUGAAUGGCCAAACACCACCGGGGACCGCUGAGCCCAUCACAGUGAAAUUUGCCGCCAACCCUAACCAGGCGAAAAACACACAGCUCAUUUCUCAGCUCUACCACAACCAAUCCCGACGCUUCGGGGGGCCCGUGCACCACCAGGCACAGAGGUUCAGGUUUUCCCCCAUGAGUGUCGAUCACAUGGGUAGCAUGGGAGGUGUCAGCGUCCCCAGCAACCCAACCUCCGGCUGGUGCAUCUUCACCUACAACCUGGGCCAGGACGCCGACGAGAGCCUCCUGUGGCAGAUGUUUGGCCCCUUCGGCGCCGUGACCAACGUCAAGGUGAUCCGAGACUUCAACACCAACAAGUGCAAGGGCUUCGGCUUCGUCACCAUGACCAACUAUGAGGAGGCGGCCAUGGCCAUCGCCAGCCUGAACGGCUACCGGCUCGGAGACAAGAUACUGCAAGUGUCCUUCAAGACCAGCAAGGGCCACAAGUAGAGAGAGCCGGACAAUCGGGUGUAGAGGAGACGGGGGGGAGGGAAAUGACCUGCACCAGGCUUUUAUUUGAGAGAGCUAAAGUACGAGUUUGCAAAGUCUGGCACAUCUGUUUGGGUUUUAGUGUACUGCGAGUGAAAUGAGACUCUUCUGCACCUUUUGUUACUGGUCUAAGGCUGACUUAAUGUUUUUUUUGUUUGUUCUGUUUUUUCUUAUCUUUGUUCUCAUUCUUGUGGCUUGAGGACACUCAGUGGGUUUUUUUUUUAGGGAGAAGAUGUUGAGUGCAAAAGCUACCCAAGAUAUCUUCAAGAUAAAGUUCGAAAAAUCAAAAAAUCUGAAAUACUGUCAGUAUCUGUUGCAUGUUUAACUGUGGGGAUUAGAAUAAAAGAGGCAGGCGAUGGGUGCACUGAAAAUCCAGAAGCAUAAAGAACGACCUGCAAAUAGUUUUAAAAGUGUCUAAAAUUUAGCGGACAAUUAUAAAUCUGCAGACGGGGAAACCACAUUUGGCAAUGAGCUGGUGGUUGUUUUCUUUUGGGGAAGAAGUGUUUUGUCCUGGAUCCUCAUCAUAAUUAGAAAUAGAGGCCUUAAAUGAUCACCCAGUGACUCAGACUUCACAACCACUCACCGUCUGGAGUCAAUCUAAAAAAAAAAGAAAAGCAAAGCACUUUUAAUCAGUCUGUUCUAGGUUUCUAUGUAUAUCAGUCAUUGUGAAGUUGAUCUACUUUUUCUCACCCUCCGACCAGAUUAACAGUUUAAAACAUGACGCGUCUUGGAGGUAGAUGUUUUUUUUGUUUAUCCCUGUGUAAAUUGAAUUUUUAUUCUAAGUUGCAUCGCAGUGGAAUCCUGUGAAAAUGAUGAGUAGGGAAUUGAAAUGGACCAAAGACAGGGAGAGAUUUGAUCCUUAAACCCCAGAGCAGAUUUCCACGAGGUAAAAAUCACACUUUUAUUUUUAAGGAGGUACUGAGGUUAUAUCUGAUGCUGACUGAGAGCAACUUCAUUCAUGCUCAGUUUGCCGUUCUAUUUCGUUUUUACUUUGAUUGAGUUCUUUUCUUUUCCUUUUAGAGCUUUAGAUUUGUAUUCAUUACAAUGUAAGUUACAAACUUGUUUUAAUGCGUGCUAAUCUCAAGUUUGGAGAGAGAUUAACGGCCUUUGUUAAUGAUUACAGUUUAGACCUGCUUUUAUUUUUCUCCCUUUUUGUUUUGGUUGUUUCACUUUGAACAUAAACCAUUAAAUUUUAUUUUGUUUUGCUGAAAGUUUUGUUUGUUUGUUUGUUUCUUUAUCUUUUUAUUUCUUUUUGAAUAUGGUUUGCAGUUUUCUUUUUCUUGUAACAAAUCUGCGGCACUGAUUCACAAAAAAAUCCCUGGUCCAGCAGUAACUUAAGACUUUGGGACUUCAAAUUGUUAAUUGACCAAUAUUUAGUUGAGAUAUGGUGAAUAUGACUGCACAGACAUUUGAAGGAAAGUGAUUGUCUAGCAGACAUUUCGUGAAGCAACAUUUCGGAGGAGUUAAGUAUUAAGAACAAUUGAGCUGUAAGUGUUCACUUUUUGGUACAGUUGUCUUCAGCUGCUGCCGGUUGUAUGUUGCGAUGAUUUUUUCAUCAUAUGGCUCAGUAACUGUAGUGUGUGGCUGUUUGUGCAGGAAAAUGUUUGAUAUUGCAGCAAAAAAUGUUACGAUUCAGACAUUUAGACUCAAAACCACUUGCUUGAUUACCGAUGCGAAUUGCACUUUUCUCGAAUUGUCCAUCUAGCAAAGAUUACUGGCAUAAGACUACUAUUUUUUUUUUUCUUAUAGUGAUAACUUUGUAUUAGUCUUAGUCUUGUCUCUUUCUCCAGGGUGGAGAAUUAGCAUCGGUACUGAAUUUAUCAUUUCAGAUUUAACCUGACCACAGAGGAACCUCUCGAUGGAGCUACACGUAGCAGAUGAUUCCUGGAGACAGUUCCUGCUCACACUUUUUAGGAUUCACUUUUAAAACCAUUAUUUUCCCAGCAAUAAUACACCUGACACUUCAUGAGCUGCUUAUUUAAUCGAUUACUUAAAGGAUAUAUUCUAUUACCAUCACAGCUUCAGAUUUUGGUCUUAAAAGUGCUUUUGAUUUAGUAUUCUUCGUGUUGUGUGUCCAUCCUUAACUUUGUGCAAUACUUUGUGACUUGUUCGAAGCAGGCGAAAGGAACUUGUUAGUCUUGAACUGUCAUGUUUCAUGAUUUCUUUUUUUUCUACUGACGUUCUGGUACUGUUUAGUUUUCUCAGCAGUCUUGUUGGAUUUGCAUGAAAAGAUGCAAGUGACAUUUUAUUUUUUUCAAGGGGCAGUCGGAUUAAACUGCAUUCCGCCUUAAUUCUUAAGUUUUUAGUGUCUUUUACAUCAGAGGAGGCCCAAACGUUUAUUUGACAAUGUUUGCGGUUACACUUGUUGAAGUGUUUUUAAUGGAUUCUUGAUAUUUUUUGUGGGGUUUUAUUUUUUUGCUCUUGAACGGACACUAAAUUGAACACCAUUAAAUGUCUUCUAACAUUGGAUCAUUUCAAUAAAAACGUGGUGCAAUA